CAAAAAAAAUAAAAAAAAGCAAAUUAGAAUCCCUCCCCUCCCGCCAAACCAAACCUCCCCAAAGCCCUAGUCUGGUGGUCUCUUCUUCUGUAGCAUCUGCUCCUCCAGAAUCCGGAUAAUCCGUCGAUAAAGCCCUCGAACUCUCGACUUCACUUUCUACCAAGCUCCCCAUUGUCACUCAUUUCCUUUUUGAACAUUCACUUCGCACUCUCCGAGGAUGAGUUUUGCCGCUUAUAGAAUGAUGCACUGGCCUACCGGCAUCGAGAACUGUGAUUCAGGCUUCAUCACCCAUUCUCCCGCCGACUUCGUCCCCGGUGUCGCAUCUCACGCCGACGACCUUGACUCCGACUGGCAGCCCCGCCGAGAAAUUGGUCCAGUUCCCAAUCUCGUUGUCACCGCCGGCAAUGUCCUCGAGGUAUAUGUUGUUAGGGUCCAAGAAGAAGGUGGAAGGGAAUCAAAAAGCUCAGGAGAAGUCAGACGCGGUGGCAUUAUGGAUGGAGUCUCUGGGGCCUCACUCGAGCUUGUUUGCCACUACAGGUUGCAUGGUAAUGUUGAGUCCAUGGCAAUUUUAUCUAGUAGAGGAGGUGAUGGUUCCAAGAAGAGAGAUUCGAUCAUAUUAGUCUUUCAAGAAGCAAAAAUUUCAGUGCUAGAGUUUGAUGAUUCUACCCAUAGUCUCCGUACAAGCUCAAUGCAUUGCUUUGAGGGCCCUCAAUGGCUUCAUUUGAAAAGAGGUCGAGAAUCAUUUGCAAGAGGUCCAGUGGUAAAGGUUGAUCCUCAAGGCAGGUGUGGAGGAGUUCUUGUUUAUGGUUUGCAAAUGAUAAUACUUAAGGCUUCUCAGGCUGGUUCUGGUUUGGUUGUCGACGAUGAAGCUUUUGGUAACACAGGUGCAAUUUCUGCUCGAGUUGAAUCAUCAUACCUAAUUAACCUAAGGGAUUUGGAUGUGAAGCAUGUAAAGGAUUUUGUAUUUGUACAUGGUUAUAUUGAACCUGUGAUGGUGAUCCUUCAUGAGCAGGAACUUACUUGGGCCGGCCGUGUUUCUUGGAAGCAUCACACAUGUAUGAUUUCUGCGCUAAGUAUUAGCACAACCUUGAAGCAACAUCCUUUAAUAUGGUCUGCCAACAACCUCCCUCAUGAUGCUUACAAGCUACUUGCGGUGCCAUCACCAAUUGGUGGUGUACUUGUCGUUAGUGCAAAUAGUAUUCAUUAUCACAGUCAGUCAGCUUCAUGCAUGUUGGCUUUGAAUAAUUAUGCUGUUUCUGCUGAUAGCAGUCAAGACAUGCCUAGAUCAAAUUUCAAUGUGGAAUUGGACGCUGCCAACGCUACAUGGUUGGUAAAUGAUGUGGCCUUGCUGUCAACCAAGACUGGGGAGCUAUUAUUGCUGGCACUUGUCUAUGAUGGACGGGUUGUGCAGAGACUUGAUCUUUCAAAGUCUAAAGCUUCAGUACUUACAUCGGGCAUUGCGUCAAUUGGAAAUUCAUUAUUUUUUCUGGGCAGUCGAUUGGGAGAUAGUUUACUUGUGCAGUUUAGUUGUGGAGUGGGAUCCUCAGGAUUGGCAUCCAGUUUAAAGGACGAGGUUGGAGAUAUUGAAGUUGAUGCUCAUAUAGCCAAGCGAAUGCGUAGGUCAUCUUCCGAUGCUCUACAAGAUAUGGUUGGAGGAGAUGAGCUAUCAUUGUAUGGUUCAGCUCCAAAUAAUACGGAAUCUGCUCAGAAAAGUUUUUCUUUUGCUGUUAGAGAUUCAUUGAUCAAUAUUGGGCCUCUGAAGGAUUUCUCCUACGGUUUAAGAAUUAAUGCAGAUCCUAAUGCAACUGGAAUUGCCAAACAAAGCAAUUAUGAACUUGUUUGUUGUUCGGGUCAUGGUAAAAAUGGGGCAUUAUGCAUUCUUCGCCAGUCAAUUCGCCCCGAAAUGAUUACUGAGGUUGAGCUGCCAGGUUGUAAAGGCAUUUGGACUGUGUACCACAAAAAUACUCGUGGUAGUGGUGCUGAUUCUUCUAGAAUGGUUCCAGAUGAUGAUGAAUAUCAUGCAUAUUUGAUCAUAAGCCUUGAGGCUCGUACAAUGGUGCUUGAAACUGGAGAUCUCCUGACUGAAGUCACUGAGAGUGUUGACUACUUUGUACAAGGGAGAACAGUUGCUGCAGGCAACUUGUUUGGAAGGCGUCGAGUUAUCCAGGUCUAUGAAAGUGGUGCACGGAUUUUGGAUGGGUCUUUUAUGACUCAAGAUUUGAACUUGGUAGUCACUAGCAAUGAAUCUGGAAAUGGUUCUGAAGGUUGUUGUACUGUGUUAUCUGCAUCUAUUAGUGAUCCAUAUGUCUUGCUGACUAUGACGGAUGGGAGUAUUCGAUUACUUGUUGGAGAUCCAUCUUCUUGCUCAGUUUCUGUAUCUGCACCAGCUGCCUUUGGUAGUUCAAGAAAAUGUGUAUCUUGUUGUACUCUUUAUCACGAUAAGGGCAUUGAGCCAUGGCUUCGGAAGACAAGUACAGAUGCAUGGCUUUCUACCGGAAUUGGUGAGACAAUUGAUGGUACCGAUGGCUCAGUCCAAGAUCAGGGGGACAUAUAUUGUGUUGCUUGUUAUGAUAGUGGAGACCUUGAAAUAUUUGACGUACCUAAUUUCAUUAGCGUUUUCUAUGUGGAUAAAUUUGUUUCUGGAAAAUCACAUUUAGUUGAUUUUCAAGUGUCAGACAUGCAGAAAAAUUCUGAGAAGGUUGAUCAAAAUUCUCAGGAAUUGAUUAGCCAUGGUAGGAACGAAAGUUCACAAAAUAUGAAGGUUGUUGAGGUAGCCAUGCAGAGGUGGUCAGGGCAGCAUAGCCGCCCAUUUCUUUUUGGAAUAUUGACAGAUGGGACAAUCCUUUGUUACCAUGCUUAUUUAUUUGAAAGUACAGACAGUGCCUCUAAAAUUGAUGAUUCGGUUUCCAUGGAAAAUUCUGUUAGCUCAAGCAAUAUGAGUUCUUCUAGGUUAAGAAAUUUGAGAUUUGUUCGUGUCCCCUUGGACAUACAAGGAAGGGAUGAUAUGCCAAAUGGAACCUUGUCUCGUAGAUUAUCUAUUUUCAAGAAUAUUUCUGGUUAUCAGGGGCUAUUUCUCUGUGGGUCAAGACCUGCUUGGUUUAUGGUGUUUAGAGAACGGCUUCGAGUUCACCCUCAGCUAUGUGAUGGACCCAUUGUUGCCUUUACAGUGCUACAUAAUGUAAACUGUAACCAUGGACUUAUAUAUGUCACAUCACAGGGUGUUUUGAAGAUUUGUCAACUUCCAUCUACAUCGAAUUACGAUAAUUACUGGCCGGUACAGAAAGUUCCACUGAAAGGAACUCCACACCAGGUCACCUACUUCCAUGAAAAGAAUCUGUACCCGGUUAUAAUUUCAGCGCCUGUUCAGAAGCCAUUGAAUCAAGUGCUAUCAUCAAUGGUUGAUCAAGAUGUUGGUCACGUUGAGAAUCAUAACUUGAGUGCUGAUGAGCUGCAGCAAACUUACUCUGUGGAAGAGUUUGAGAUUCGGAUUUUGGAACCAGAAAAAUCUGGUGGCCCUUGGCAAACUAGGGCUACAAUUGCUAUGCACAGUUCUGAAAAUGCCCUUACCAUUCGUGUUGUUACACUGUUGAACACAACCACAAAAGAGAAUGAAACGCUUUUAGCAGUUGGAACUGCAUAUGUGCAAGGGGAGGAUGUUGCUGCAAGAGGAAGAGUGCUUUUAUUUUCUGUUGGAAAAGAUGCUGAUAAUUCACAGACCUUGGUUUCAGAGGUUUAUUCAAAAGAAUUGAAGGGUGCUAUAUCUGCUUUAGCCUCUCUGCAAGGUCAUCUAUUGAUAGCUUCUGGUCCGAAAAUAAUCUUACACAAGUGGACUGGUGCAGAGUUGAAUGGCAUUGCAUUUUAUGACGUUCCACCCUUAUAUGUUGUGAGCUUGAACAUUGUCAAGAAUUUCAUACUUCUUGGUGAUAUACACAAGAGCAUUUACUUUCUGAGUUGGAAAGAACAGGGGGCUCAACUUAGCUUGUUGGCCAAGGAUUUUGGUUCUCUAGACUGCUAUGCAACAGAAUUUCUGAUUGAUGGAAGCACUCUUAGUCUUACUGUUUCUGAUGAUCAGAAGAAUAUUCAGAUAUUUUAUUAUGCACCAAAGUCGACUGAAAGUUGGAAAGGGCAGAAGCUUCUAUCAAGAGCAGAAUUUCAUGUGGGUGCUCAUGUGACGAAGUUUCUACGGCUUCAGAUGUUGUCUACCACUUCAGACAAAGCAAGCAGUACAGUUUCUGACAAGACCAAUCGCUUCGCUUUGUUAUUUGGCACCCUUGAUGGAAGUAUUGGUUGUAUUGCACCUCUUGAUGAACUCACGUUUCGUAGACUGCAGUCAUUACAAAAGAAGCUUGGUGAUGCCGUACCACAUGUUGGUGGUCUAAAUCCGAGGUCUUUUCGCCAGUUCCAAUCAAAUGGAAAAGUUCAUCGACGUGGGCCAGACAGCAUUGUUGAUUGUGAAUUACUAUGCCACUAUGAGAUGCUACCACUGGAGGAGCAGCUUGAUAUUGCUCACCAAAUCGGGACAACUCGUUCGCAGAUUCUCUCAAACUUAAAUGACCUCUCACUGGGAACAAGUUUCUUAUAAUUGUACAAGACAGAUUGUAUAGCCGUGUAUUACAAUCAAGUUGCAUAUUCAUUGUAAGAGUAGUUCAAACAAAUCAUGUACUGCCCCAUUCUCAGCUCCUUAGAUUGACGUUUUGUUUGUUACCAACUUAAAUUAAGUUAGAAUGAAAAAGGAGAGAGAGAGAGAGAACUGUUGUAUCUACCCGUCUUGUGGGUUCCGAAUGCUGUAUUUAAUGCACAGUAGAGCUCAAUUUUCCAGUCAUAUAUGUACCAAUAACAUGCUAGUUUUUUCUUA